UUUUGAAACUGUAGAAUGCAGGAAGUAGGAAGCGCUGAGCAGAGCGAAAAAUGGUAAAAAGCAUAUCAACAGUUGAAAGAUGUAGCACGUUGAAAUCAGCUUAUUCCUGUGCAUGAAUCCGUCAGAAAGCAAUGGCUUUUCACUCCAUUUUCAUUGUGUCACCCGACUUGACCUGUUAAGAAGUCAUUAAAGGAGCAAGCACGCUCACUUCCUGGCUCUUGAAAAGGAGUUUGGCUGGCUGUUUAGUCAUGUUAGCACUUUGGAAGUAAAACACAUGAAGAGAACAAUACAGUGAAAAGCCAGUGAAUCAGAAGGAUUUGUCUGCCAUAGUUAUGGAAGCACAAGCAAUAGAAAGGGAGGAGAAAGUGGCAUUAGUGUUCAGCUCCAACUCCAAAGCCACUUCCAAGUCUUCAGUAGUUAGUGCUGCUGCUAGAGCUAGAGCUAAAGCCGAAGCUGCACGCACCAGAUCCACGUUCACUCAGAAGGAGUUAGAACUGAAAAGACAGAGCUAGAUUGGAUUUGGAAAAGGCUACACUAGAAGCGGAUUUAGAAGCUCUAGGACUGGAAAAGGCAGCUGCUGCUAUUGUAGAGGCUGAAGUUUUAGAAGCUGCAGCAGGACCAGAAUAUGAGGAUAGGUGCAGCGCCAUGAGUCACAUCUCAUCGCAGAUAACAUGUCAGCAUACAAAGGCAUAUGUGGAACAUCAGGCUCGAGCCAGCUUUGAAACUGCAUCGUCUGUGGAUAUAACUCCUCAUUGUUUUAAAGAAGCGUCGCCACUAAGACAGCAGGAAGCUCCUGAAUUAACCCCUGCACACAACUGUGAUGCCACGCCUACAAGGAACACACAGCAAAGUGAGUACUUAUCAGCACCUCAGCCUCAGACAAGCCUGUUUAAGCGCUCCAACCCACACUCUCAGCCUCUCAGCUCGCAACCUCAGAACCCCCAGUCCUCCUUUAAAGCCUAUCAGGAGCAGAGCUCUCCCUCAUUCAGUCAUGCUAGCCAAUCAAACCACUUCAUACAGAGCAACCCACAGCAUUCUUCUUCUGCUCCAGCCGCUAACAUGAUAGACUUCGCUAGGUACCUCACCCGCAGAGAGUUGGUAACCACUGGGCUCACUAAAUUCGAUGACCAGCCUGAGAGCUCCAGAGCAUGGGAGUCCUCUUUCCUUAACGCCAUUCAGGGCUUAGAGUUGACAGCCAGUGAAGAGCUGGACCUCGUGGUAAAAUGGCUGGGAAAGGAGUCAUCUGAACAUGUUAAAAGAAUACGUGCUGUCCACUUCACCAAUCCUCACGCUGCUCUCGAAUUAGCCUGGACAACACUCCAAGAAUGCUAUGCUACCCCUGAAAUGAUUGAGAAUGCUUUAUUCAAACGAUUGGACAAUUUUCCUCGGCUACCCUCCAAAGAUAACAUCAAGCUAAGAGAACUUACCGAUCUGCUCUUGGAACUAUUCUCAGCCAAGCAGGAUGGCUAUCUACCAGGACUGAGCUACCUUGACACUCCUCGAGGGAUUAAGCCAAUCGUGGAAAAGCUGCCACUAAACAUACAGGAAAAAUGGCUGUCUGCUGGCUCAAACUACAAAGAACGGUACAGAGUGUGUUUCCCUCCUUUCUCGUUUUUUUGUUUUCUUUGUCAGAUGUCAGGCAAAGGCCAGAAAUGACCCUAGUUUUGUGUUGGUGAGCGGUAACCACAGCCAUUACCAUAGUGAAAGAUCCACAACCAAGCAUGAUAGUGCUAGGAACAGCUGUGUUUGUGCAUAGAACAGAUGUGUCAAUAACAGAUUCAAGCUUGUUACACAAAACAUCUACUGACAAGAAAGGUAGUGAUGACCCAACCAAGUACUGUCCUCUGGAAAAAUGUAGAGCUUUUAGAAUGAAGCCGCUAAUGGAACGCAAAAGGCUGCUAAAAGAAUACAGACGUUGUUUCAAGUGCUGUUCUGGUACUCAUGUGGCUAGAGAAUGUCCAGCAGAGCUGAAAUGCAAUGAGUGUGAAAGCAAUUAACAUUGCACUGUCAUGCACCCAGACACUGCUGUCUCCCCUGCACCAUCUCCUCCGACAGAAUCAGACAUAGAACAGCAAAACAGCUCUCCUCCAGAAGUGACCUCCAGGUUCACCAAGGUCUGCGGCGAAGGUCUCCCACCAAGGUCCUGCGCCAAGAUAUGUUUAAUCCGGGUUUUUCCCCAAGGACAACGAGAACGCUCAAUCAUGAUGUAUGCCAUCCUCGACGACCAGAGCAAUCGAUCACUGGCCAGAUCUGAGUUUUUUAAGCUGUUUGACAUCCAAGGGGACCAUACACCUUACCUGAUGAGGACCUGUGCUGGAACCACGGAAAUGACUGGGAGAAAGGCUGUUGGUUUUCAGAUCGAAGCAUUGAAUGGUGAAGUGUGUUUGGACUUGCCUCCGCUCAUUGAAUGUAAUGAAGUUACGAGCAACAGAUCGGAAAUCCCUUCUCCAGAGAUCGCUCACUCCCAUGCUCACUUGAGAUCCAUGGCACCUCACAUCCCAAAGAUCGAUCCUAAAGCACAGAUCUUAAUCCUACUGGGGAGAGACCUCAUACAAGUUCACAAGGUGAGAGAUCAAAUCAAUGGACGCCAUAACGCUCCCUUUGCCCAGCGUUUGGAUUUAGGAUGGGUUAUAGUAGGGGAGGUUUGCAUCAAUAGUACAUACAAGUCCACUGUAUCAGUCCUUAAAACCCAUGUCCUACAGAAUGGACGCCCAUCUUUUCUGAUGACCUGCCAGAAUCACAUCAGUGUGAGAGAGAGAGUAGGCUACGCCGGGGAGCACAGACAGUCUACCACCGCACAGCUGACAACAUAUCCUGCGUCUGGUGUUACUGCAAAAGAUAAACUCGGACGAGAUGUGUUCGUGAGAACGGAAGAUGAUAACAAACCUGCCUUGUCCUUUGAAGAUGAGACCUUUCUGGAGAUCAUGCAAGCAGAGUUCAAGAGAGAUGAGCAAAACAAUUGGAUUGCUCCUCUACCAUUCAGAACACCCAGACCUCGCCUUCCAAACAACCGUGCUCAAGCUCUCUCCCGCCUUCAUUCAUUGCAACGCACAUUGAACAAAAAGCCUACAAAUCAGAAUCCAUCUGAUUUAGCCACCAGACACUAUGUGGUUUACAGGGCCAGAAUUCCUUCACAAUCCACACCAACCAGAAACACCCAGAUCCUUUGAGCUGGUGGAUCCUGAGGAAGACGUGGAUGUGAGGCCUCAGCUGACCACUCUUGCAACUUCGCUCAGAGAAAGUGAACUCACCUCAGAAUGAUUCCAACGGUUCUCGACCUGGGAGUCCUUGCUGAGAGCAGUUUUCUUCUUGAUCCAUCCGAUUCGCUCACACAGGACAAACUCAACAGUUACAUGUAAAGGAUGGCAUCAGUGCAACCAACCUCUCACUCCAGAAGAGUUAGAAGCGGCAAAGAUCGUCAUAAUCAAAGCUGCCCAGAGAGAUGCUUAUCCAGAAGUGUGUGUCACACUACUAGAGAACAGGGCCAUACCAAAAUCCAGCACGAUUCUGAAUCUCGACCCUUUCGUGUGUGAUGGUCUCCUGCGAAUAGGAGGACGUCUGAGACAUGCUUCAGUCAAUCCUGAGGUCAAAAACCCAAUCAUUCUCCCGAAACAAAGUCAGGUCACAAGUUUGCUCAUGAGUCAUCACCAUGUGAAGGUGAAACACCAAGGACGGCAGUACACAGAGGGAGCAAUCAGGGCUGCUGGUCUGUGGAUUGUUGCUGGCAAAAGAUUAAUAGGCUCAGUUCUUCAUCGCUGUGUCACAUGCUGCAAGCACAGAGGAAAACUUGAGACACAAAAGAUGGCUGACCUCCCUUCAGAACGUCUGAGCUCAUCUCCACCAUUCACGUAUGUAGGGUUAGAUGUUUUUGGACCCUGGAAUGUGAUCAGUCGACGCACAAGAGGCGGAAUGGCUCAAAGUAAGCGAUGUGCUAUACUUUUUACAUGUAUGAGCACCAGGGCUGUACAUGUGGAAGUUAUAGAGUCCAUGGAUACUGCCAGUUUUAUCAAUGCCCUGCGAAGGUUCUUCGCCUUAAGAGGGCCAGCUAAGCAGCUGAGAUCAGACAGAGGCACGAACUUUGUGGGAGCCAGCUCUGAGCUGUGUAUGGAACGAGCUGAUCCAGGUCAAACCUCCACUCUUAAGUUCCUUCACGAGAAUGGUUGUACCUGGGAAUUCAAUCCCCCACACACAUCCCACAUGGGAGGAGUCUGGGAGCGCAUGAUCGGCAUAACCCGAAGAAUUCUCGACUCCAUGUUGCUGGAAACCAGACAUACUCACCUGACCCAUGAAGUGCUUUGCACCCUCUUGGCAGAGGUAUCUGCUAUCAUCAAUGCAAGGCCUUUGAUCCCAGUCUCUUCUGAUUCCACUUCUCCAAUGAUGUUGACCCCUGCUAUGCUCUUGACCCAAAAACCGGGGAUACCUGCUCCACCUAGAGGCUUCAAUGAAAAGGAUCUCUUCAAGUGUCAGUGGAAACAAGUGCAAGCAUUGGCAAACGAAUUCUGGUCUCGAUGGAGGGAUGAAUAUCUCCACACCCUUCAGCCAAGAUGCAAAUGGCACACACCACGUCGUCACCUGCAGGUUUGAGACAUAGUGCUGCUGAAGCAGAGCCAGACACAUCGCAACGAGUGGCCGAUGGGGCUUGUCGUCUCCACCUUCCCAAGCAGUGAUGCACAGGUCCGCAAAAUUGAAGUCAGGACGUAGCAAGACAAAAUAAAGACUUUCUUGAGGCCUAUCUCUGAUGUUGUCUUGCUCCUGGCAAAAGAAAAUCAAAGUUAAAGUACAGAUGCUUUAGUGGCAUUAGUGCCAGACGGGGAGUGUUCUGCCCCAAGUGUUUAAUAUGUUAAGAAGAUCGAUUUUAUUAGAAAAGAUCUGUUUGUGUUGUUAAUUUUGAGAGUGCAUUGCUGAGCUUUUAUUUUGAAACUGUAGAAUACAGGAAGUAGGAAGCGCUGAGCAGAGCGAAAAAUGGUAAAAAGCAUAUCAACAGUUGAAAGAUGUAGCACGUUGAAAUCAGCUUAUUCCUGUGCAUGAAUCCGUCAGAAAGCAAUGGCUUUUCACUCCAUUUUCAUUGUGUCACCCGACUUGACCUGUUAAGAAGUCAUUAAAGGAGCAAGCACGCUCACUUCCUGGCUCUUGAAAAGGAGUUUGGCUGGCUGUUUAUUCAUGUUAGCACUUUGGAAGUAAAACACAUGAAGAGAACAGUACAAACACGCUGAACUCAUGUUCACGGGGCCGCUUAAAAACACAGCUGAAGAGGAAAAGUGCAGUUUCUUCCUGCUGUGGAUUGGCCAUAUAGGACGAGAUGCCAGCAAUACGGGGAUACUGACUGGAGACGAAGUUAAGUUGCUGAAAACUUAUUAAAAAUAAUUCUCUGAUUACCUCACUCCAAAAGCAAACCCCGUAUUUGCGAAAUAUAAGUUUCAUGAGAAGACGCAAGGUAACUGUGAGUCAUAUGAGCACUUCGUGACAGAAAUCAAGCUGUUGGUUAAAGACUGUAACUACACAAACAGCGAUGAGCUGGUCAUUGACCACAUAGUUUUCGCUAGCAACUCACCGUGUAUGCGCGAAAAGUUACUCAGCCAGAGGCCGGCGCUCACGCUUGAAAAAGUGCACCUCAAGGCUAUGGCGAGCAACAACCACGAAGUUCACGUUAUCCACCGCCAACACUGUGGGUGCUAGUAGGCAUAUUGAUAGCCCAAAGACCAACGUAAAGAUAUAUAAAAAGUGUGGAGGAUAUCACAGUAAAUUGGCUGAAUGCCCAGCAAAAGGUAAACAAUGCCUGAAGUGCCUGACCCCUUUUUCCUGUCUGUUCUUACAACCAUUAGCCACACAAUAAAAUACCAUGAUAAAAAGGCUGUAAGACGCUUAUAAGCAAGCCAAUAUUCGCAAAAAGAUUGCUAAAAAACGCGAGUUGUAUUGUAGUUUUGCCGUCCAGUGGGUGUCGUAAACAAAUGUUAUGUGACUCAUGACAUCAGGUGAAAAGUAUCUAAUGUGAGGCUUUUCAUCCAGCAAGGUUUUUGGAGAUUUCUUAACCUGGUCACAGGCAGCCCAUUGUUUUCUGAAGGUCAUUUUGGUAUUGCCCACUGUGCCCCAAUAAAUCUCAUCAAUGUAUCUACUUGUCUCUCCUUCCAUCAUAAAUGCAACUUUCAGAUAGACAAUAUUGCUUUACAAUACCCCAAGUCCUCUUUUAAUGUCUCACGAGCAAUGGGAAGCACAUAUGAGAUUUCAUACACAGUCACACGGACUCCCUCAUUGUUCCUCCAAUAAAACAGUGCCUCCAACAAGCAGGCCUUUUGUUUCUGCCACGCUCAGUCAGUCAGUCGACAUAAUCAUGAAAAGAUUUUUGAAUAGCCCCCUUUCCUCUCAUAAUUCAGAAGUCAUCUAGAAGGUGUUACAAAUAUUUCAAAAGGCACAGAAUGGAACAGCAGUAUGAGCCUCACAAACACGUCAUCAUUAUCCUCAUUUUUGUCCACUCUUGGAGGACUGUGGUGUUUUUCAUGUGGAUAUACCUCUAUACAUGUCUGCAUGUGUGUGCGUGUGUGUGUGUAUCUGAAUCUGGCAUUGACAGAAGUCAGUUUCUUUAACCACUCAUGGCCUAUUUGUGGAGGGUUUUGGCAGGUGGUGGUACACUACUACUCACUACUUCUGGGAUAGAAGUCAUUUUUAUGGAGAGAUAAAUAGAGAGAUUAUUUGUCCUUGGUUAGUAGAUAUUCUUGCAAUCAAUUUAUAAAAAGAAAACUCACCCUGAAACAGAAUGUUUGUUUUAUGUUUAACUGUGAGCACCGAUCACCAGAGGAUUCAGUUGUGUUAAUGCAGUAGUUUUGAAAUUGGGGAGCAUGUCUUGAUAUCUAUUUAUUGUUUUUGAAGAAAUGUACAUCUAUUUUAAAUCGUUUACAGAAAGACAUGCUAACUGCACCAAAGGCAGGAAGAGGCAGAAGCCCAUGUACGACAUGAACGUGCCUGAAUUGCCGCUGACAGGCCACGGUGGAGUCAUGAAUGACAGGUGCGAGUAGCUCUGGGACGAACAUUCAGAUGUGCUGUUUCCGGAGGAUGCUGAGCUGUAAGUGGAGUAAGCUUCCCCCCAAGUAGUAACAGCGAUACCUUGUUGAGGCGGACUGUGACAAGGAAUGCUGCAUGUGGGACCAAAAGAUGGAGGCAUACAAGCAUUUCACCAGGAAGCUCCACAAAGAAGAAGAAGCCAAGCGACACAGAGGCGAUAUUGCGAAACAAGGGGCCAACAAGGCUCUGUAUGUAAAAGAUGCAGAGGAGGAGGACAGAAUUGUGUUUAACUUCCCUUUUUUGGAACACACAAAUUACUGGAUCAUGGACGGAUAUUUACGGCAUGUCCAAGUUGAGCCUUACGUCUAACGUCUUCCGAAAAAGAAAUGUAAAUACUCUGCUAAGGCAAUGAAGAUGAUUCAACCUCUCACAUCUAUUAUUUUCUCAUUUUUAAAUAUUCAUUUUCAAACGUGUAAUUUUGUGGAUCCAGACAGAAUUGUAUCCUUUGAAACACUCAAAUGUUGUGAAACAAUUACCAACAUUCAACAAAUCUCUCCAGAGGGGAAUGUGUGUUUGUAUUCUUUACAAAUAACAAAAACAAAUAACUUCUAGUGGUUUGUGCUUUGUAAUUAUUUGUUGAAGAAUGUGACAUUUAUUUUCUGUAAACCAAAGUGGUUGUGUUUUCAAUAAAUGUAAGAAAGAGAUGUA